AUGGCUGAUUCACAGCAGACCCCUCGACAUGACGAUGGUCACGGAAUGGAACUUCAUGAUCCAUCUGUAUCAUCUGUAAAUACAACUGCAAGCACUGCACCACGAUUACCGCCUCAUUUGCUACAAAUCAUCGAACAUGAAUUGACCUCACCCAAUGCUCCAUCCUUAGCCGAUAUUCAAGCGUACCCAACAACGGCUUAUUUUAAUAAGACAGUUAUUCCAAUUAUUAUUGAAGGACUAGCUAUCGUGGCAAAGGAACGACCGAACAAACCGAUCGAAUUCCUUGCCGCUUUUUUUAUUAAAAACAGAGAACGAUUCGGUGAAAGUAUCUAA